AUGGCCUCAGGACAAACCCUCGGAUUUAUCGGAUGCGGUAACAUGGGAGGCGCCGUUCUAAACGGCCUCCUAAACAACGCAUUCUCGACUACAAGCACUGAAACCUCAGCAAACCCAAUCACGCACUUCAUCGCGUGCACAAAAACAGCCAGCUCCGCAACCCGUCUAGAAAAAUCAAUCGCACCCGAGCACCACCAACUAAUCAAAAUCGUCUCCAACCAAACCGUCCAAACAAUGCAAGAAUCCGACAUAAUAAUCCUCGGCUGCAAGCCCUUCAUGGCUGAAUCCGUUCUCACCGAAGAAGGCGUCCGCGAAGCCCUGGCCGGAAAACUCGUCAUCAGCAUGCUCGCAGGCCAGUCAUGCGAAACCCUAACCCGCCUCAUCAACCCAGACUCCAGCGCCGCAGAUCAACCGCACGUCAUGAAAGCUAUCCCUAACAUGGGCGCGCAGUUCGGGCAAUCGAUGACGAUCAUCGAGACGCCUGCUUCGAAGAUCCCGGACUCCAUGGCUGCGGUCACGGAGUGGAUUUUCAAACAUGUCGGCGCUGUUAAGUACCUAGGAGCUGAGCAGAUUGGGUUGGCGACUGUGCUUGUUGGGGCGACGAUGGCGACGUUGACGCUGCCGAUUGAGGGGUUGUUGGAUGGGUGUGUUGCGGAGGGAUUUAAGCGGGCAGAUGCGAUGGAGUUGGUUUUGCAGGGGAUUCGGGGGUUGUCGGCUGUUUUGGAGUCUGGGCAGCAUCCGGCGGUUGUUAGGGAGAGUAUUUCUUCGCCGAGGGGGUGUACUAUUCAGACGCUUUUGAGUCUUGAGAAGGCGGGGACGAGGUCGGAUUUUGCAGAGGCUAUUGUUAGGGGCAAUACGCAUUUGAAGGAGAAGAUGUAG